AUGAACGCGGAUUCGGAUUUCCUUCAUAUUGACGACGACUUCGAUUUCGACAUUGUGCUUCUGAAUAAAACUUAUGAUAGCUUCCAAUCUCUGCGGGCGAGCAAUAAUGCACGGACCGUCAUUCCAUAUCGAUUUGUGAAUGUUCGCAUCGAUACAAGGAUACAACGCAUCAAUGGAAAGUUUGCGCACCUUAUGAGACUAUUGAACGAUGAUUCUCGAAAGUGGGAAGAAAUUACUUUUGAAGGUGAUGAAGAUGGUGACACAAUGUCUCAGGCGUUCCUCUCCGUUCUCGGUCUGGCAAUGAUCAAGUUCGAAGAGUUAUGCCUGAAGACUUGGUACUCAGAUGAAGCGUUCUAUCGGUGUUUGAUGUCUGGACUCGUGUCACCAUUGCGUGUUCUUUCUCUUGAUCUGCGUGCUUACGGUCCAGACCGUCGACGGAUGCGAGCUGCCCACUGGAAUCAUAUUGCUGAAGGCCUCGCCCAGACUACUGCACUCCAGAGCUUUAGCUUCCGCUCAGAGGUCGAUACUUCUGGACACCAAGAUGCACCACUGGAGGAUAUCAGUGAAGUGCUUGUGGAUGGUAUUGCGAGGAAUACUACUAUUCGACAUCUUAAACUCCAAUCUGGCAAUCUUACGGACGACAACCUCUUCCCGCGCCUCAUGAAGUCGCUUCAACGGUACCCAAAAAAGCUGGAAUCAUUGAUGCUGUCGAGUCGAAAGAUUACAACGGACCAUCUCAAGGACUUGGCCGGCUAUCUUGGCCACGAAAAGUGCUCCUUGAAGAGGUUUGAGAUCUGUAGUUCAGAAUUGUCCAAGUUUCCACCAGACUUUUGCAAUAUGAAGAAUGUCUCAGUGAAAACUUUCCACCUGUCCGUUGCAGAUGGUUGGAAUGAGUUUGUUUCUUCAGUCUGUCCAAAGCUUUCGUGCCUCUCUUCCUUGACACUUGAUGGUACCAAUCUCAUGGAUCUAUCGCCAUUGGAUGUCCUCUUAUGCGAUGAGACUGCACUCCCGAGCCUUACAGAUUUGAGUUUAGAUUUUUCCGGAUCGAAUGAACAGGCUCUAUCGCUUUUUGCUUCGAAGCUUCCACGGAUGAAACACUUGCGCAAUCUUCACUUGACUUGUAGUGCUUUUCAAGAUCAUUCAACAAGCAAACUCGAGUCUUUCUUCAAGCUGGCUCAGAAAAGCAAGACCCUCGAAAUGAUCUCCUGCCGUGGUAUCGAUGACCAUGCAUUGGAAGUGGAUUUACUUCGGGUUUUAAACUUGAACAAAGCUGGACGCCGUGGGAUAGAGAUAAUGUCCAGCGGCAGUCGACCACUUGGCAUCAAGCUUUGGCCAUUGAUUCUGAAACGCUGUCUCACCGUCAAGUACGUCAAGAGUAUGAAAAGAUUUUGUGCGGAAGCAAAGCUAGAUGACCAGAUCGCAAGAGACAAUCUAUUCUUGAUUCUUCGAGAUCAUGCUUGCAUUUUCCAUGAAAUCCAACAAGUAGCUCUGCGAAGAAAUCCACGUCGGAAGGCACGAGAUAAGAAGCAAUUUUGA